AUGUCAUUCCGUUUAACUGCUCGUGCUUCAUCAAAUAUUUUAAGAACCAUUAAUAGAAAUGCUGCUUUAAGAAGCUCAAUUCCAUCAAUCGCUUCAAGAUCCGCCACUAGAUCAAUUGCUCCACGUUUAUUCUCAACUUCAUCAAUUAGACAAAAUGAUGCUAAAGAAAGCUUACGUGCUGCUUUAGAAAGUGAAAUCCAACACGAAAAUGAAGCUGAUAACUCCUUACCAGAAGAAUUGUCUGAAUUUUUCAAUAAAACUGGAUUCCAAAUUGCUAAAACUGAAGGUCAAUCAUUAGGUAAAUUAGUUAAAGAAACUGAAGAAGAAACUUUAAACUUAUACUUUGAUGUUAACCAAGCUGUUAACAUUCGUGCUAUUGAAGAAAACUUUGAAGAAGAUGAUUUAGAUAAACAACCAGAUGAAUUUUUCUUAAAUGUUAACUUAGUUGUUGUUAAAAAAGCUGACAACAGUGCUAUCAGUUUUGAUUUAGUUUACCGUACUUAUGAUGCUGCUGUUGUUGCAGAAGGUGUUACUCAUUAUCAAAACGCCUCAGAUGCUUUAUCAGAAAAAGCUGAAGAUGAACAAAAACGUGAAAUCUCAUACCAUGGUCCAGCUAUUGCCAAUUUAGAUGAACAAUUAGUUAUUGCUUUAGAUAACUACUUAGCUGCUUUAGGUAUUGAUGAUGAAUUAUUACAUCAAAUCAUUAACUACGGUAUCUUCAAAGAAAAUGAAGAAUACUUACGUUGGUUAAACAACUUGGAAAACUUCUUGAAAAAAUAA